AAGGAGAAUGAAUGGUGACGUCAAGGAAAAGCCGCCUUCUUUUUCAGCCCUGUUUUAAAAAACCAGAGGAGCCAAAAGCGCAUUAGCGAGACUAUCAGAGAACCAGUGCCCAGAUCACGAAUCCUUCAGAGAGAAAUAAAACGUAGGAUCAUAGAGCUGGAGUUUUUUUCUUCUUCUUGCAAACAGCUUAAAUUAAAAGACAGAAAGCGGUAUGACCCUGCAUGUAACAAUGCGACGGAGCAACAGUGUUUUACAACCGCAGCAGCAUCGCUGGAGUAUUUCAACAGAUGGGAAGCACAUCUUGACCAAAAAAGUUCCACCAUCUCAUAUCGUGCGCUCCAAGUCGUGCGUGAACACCGGCCAGUCAUACAGGCGAAAUUGGUCCUCAUAUUCAUCCGAUUCUGCAGUCUCAAAGGAGUCAGAAUGCAGCUUCUGCAGAGUGGUCGUGAUUGGAGAGACUGGUGUGGGGAAAUCGGCACUGGCUGGCAUUUUUGCAGGUGCACGGGAUAGCAUGGAUAAUAAUUGCAACCUGUUUGGAGAUGACACAUAUGAACGAACAUUGGUAGUGGAUGGUGAAAGGGCAACCAUUAUUGUAUCGGACACAUGGGCUAAUCAGGAUGAAGGCAGCUGGUCCCAAGAGCAAUGUAUGCAAGCUGGGGAUGCGUACCUCAUUGUCUACUCAAUAACAGACAGAGCCAGCUUUGAGAAGGCUUCAGAGCUCCGAAUACAGCUGAGAAGAACAAGGCAAUCAGAAGACAUCCCAAUCAUCUUGGUAGGCAACAAAAGUGACCUGGUCAGACGCAGACAAGUUUCAGUGACAGAGGGCAGAGCUUGUGCUGUGGUGUUAGACUGCAAAUUCAUCGAGACAUCAGCCGCUGUCCACCACAACGUGCAGGAGAUGUUUGAAGGAAUUGUACGUCAGGUUCGGCUCAGGAGGGACAGCAAGGAGGUGAAUGAGAAAAGGAUGGCACAUUACAAAAGGAGAGAAAGUCUUCCCAAGAAGGCCAAACAUUUUCUGGACAAAAUAGUAGCCAAGAACAACAAAAACAUGGCAUACCGACUGAAGUCCAAGUCUUGUCACGACCUCUCAGUGCUAUGAGAACUUUGACUUGCCUGUGGAAUAAGCAGGAGACUGUUUUCCUAAACGAUAUUAUCUGAAAAAAAUGUGUCAGUCUAUAUUAGAUUGCACAUGACAAUACAGCCAAAAACUGUGGUCUGUUUUCAAAAACUGAUAAAGGCAGUGAAAUGAUUUCAAGCAGUAUAGAGAACCUACAGCCAGUGUACUCAUAGAGAGACAGCUCUAUGAGCACACUGCCCGUAGGUUCUGCAAAGUAAUGAUACUGAUGUAUGAAUUUUGAAAUUCUGAGGUUGGCCCAUUCUAUAUAAGUUUGCAGGUCAUCCCGGUUCACUAAGGCUCAGACCGAGGACACCUAAGCAAUUUCCAGAAGCAAUUCUUUGUAGGCAGCCAAAUUUAAAAACAAAUUCAGCAACUUGGUUCUCAACUUCAAUGUGUAUUUAUCCAAUAACAUUGAGUUCUGUGAUCACCUGACUUCAGUGUGCACUUGACAGGAUUAUUUCAUGAAAGUAUUUGUGGGAUGUGAAGUUUUCAGAAAAUAAAUACAGUAAUGAAAAAGGAAGCUGUAUGCAGGGGACUUAUGGAAAAUGACCAGUUGAAAUAAUGAUCAAAAUCCAAGUGUUGUCAUGACAGAUUGCUUCUGUGUCCUUGGCCUAAUUGUUUGAGUCAAUAUUGCCAAAGUGCUUUAAAAUGUAACCAUUACAACCUUACAAAUACAAGAGGAUGAUACCGUAUUUGUAAUAUAUAUAUAUAUAUAUAUAUAUAUAUAUA